AUGAAUGAACAGGAAUACGGCGGAUACUACGGCGAAUAUUACGGCGAAUAUGACGGCGAUUAUUACGGCGAAUAUGACGGAGGAUAUGACGACCCUCCCCCAUACCUUCGUGGACAUGUUCCCAUGGAAUUUUACAGUCACAGCAACAAACCCAAUCCCUUUGAACCAGCCCCCUUUCGAUUUCGAGAAUUCCGUCCAUUACGGAGACCUUGUACGGAGCAACCAAAGGAGGAGCACCGAAAUUCAAAGCCUUCCAAGACUUCCCCAAAAAGCCGCGAGAUGCCCCAGAAAGAGGAAAAGGCACAGAGGGAUAAGGGGCAGGCGGGAAAAGAUCGUCAAAGACACUCGAAGCCGGUGUCUGACAAGAGCAAAAAAGAGUAUGCAAGAAUCCACGAAUGGGCCAAGAAUGUGAGCAGAUCACAGGAACCACUGGCAGGAAGCAGCCGCAAAGAUCCUCAGGAAGAGAAAAAGACGCGGAGGGAAAAGGUUCCGGCAAAGAGCCAUCAUCGUCAUGAAUCAAGAACGGCAUCUAAGAAGACGGAAGGAAAGGAUGCCAAGAGAUCCAGGGACCGGCUACCGGAAUUGAUAGCAGAGUUGGAGGAGCCUGAGGGGCCAGAUUCUCCUAGGCUGCCGCAGAAGUACAUCGAGGACAAGCCACCACAGUUGCUUCUCGAAUACAACCCAUGA